AUGCACUGCCCGGCCACGACACUGUUACUUCUCUACCUGUUGGUCCGACUCGGACAUGGUAGUGUGGAUGAAUCGAGCCCGGAAUCUUGGUGCAAACAUUAUCGGAAUCCGGCGAAAGUGACACUGAGUCAUGCAUUCAAUUUUCCAUUGUUGGUGGAGCAUUUGAAUGAGGAUUUUAAGGCUGUGAGUCGAGUCCCGUUCCGCUCGUUGUACUGA